AUGUCUGAUGUUCUCCAAGAUAUGAUGUCUCAUGUUCUCCAAGAUAUUAUGUCUGAUGUUCUCCAAAUUAUAAUGUCUGGUGUUCUUCAAGAUAUAAUGUAUGAUGUUCUCCGAGUUAAAAUGUCCAGUGUUCUCCAAGAUAUGAUGUCUGAUGUUCUCAAAGAUAUGGUGUCUGAUGUUCUCCAAGUUAUAAUGUCUGAUGUUCUCAAAGAUAUGGUGUCUAGUGUUUUCCAAGAUAUAAUGUCUGGUGCUCUCCAAGAUAUAAUGUCUGAUGUGCUCAAAGAUAUGAUGUAUGAUGUUCUCCAAGAUAUAAUGUAUUAUAUUCUGCAAGUUAUAAUGUCUGGUGUUCUUCAAGAUAUGAUGUCUGAUGUUCUCCGAGUUAAAAUGUCUAGUGUUCUCCAAGAUAUGGUGUCUGAUGUUCUCCAAGUUAUAAUGUUUGAUGUUCUUAAAGAUAUGGUGUCUAGUGUUUUCCAAGAUAUAAUGUCUGAUGCUCUCCAAGAUAUAAUGUCUGAUGUGCUCAAAGAUAUGAUGUAUGAUGUUCUCCAAGAUAUAAUGUAUUAUGUUCUGCAAGUUAUAAUGUCUGGUGUUCUUAAAGAUAUGGCGUCUAGUGUUUUCCAAGAUAUAAUGUCUGAUGCUCUCCAAGAUAUAAUGUCUGAUGUUCUCAAAGAUAAAGUGUCUGGUGUUCUUCAAGAUAUAAUGUCUGAUGUUCUCCAAGAUAUAAUGUCUGAUGUGCUCAAGGAUAUGAUAUCUGAUGUUCUCCAAGAUGUAAUGUCUGAUGUGCUCAAGGAUAUGAUAUCUGAUGUUCUCCAAGAUAUAAUGUCUUAUGUUCUCCAAGAUAUAAUUUCUGAUGUUUUCCAUGUUAUAAUGCCUGAUGUUCUACAAGUUAUAAUGUCUGGUGUGCUCCAAGAUAUAAUGUCUGAUGUUCUCAAAGAUAUAGUAGCUUGUGUUCUCCAAGAUAUAAUGUCUGAUGUUCUCCAAAUUAUAAUGUCUGAUGUGAUCAAAGAUAUAAUGUCUGAGGUUCUAAAAGAUAUAAUAUCUGAUGUUCUCCAAGAUAUGAUGAGUAAUGUUCUCCAAGUUAUUAUGUCUGAUGUUCUCCAAGACAUGAUUUCUGAUACAGAUUCUCCAAGAUAUGAUGUCUGA